AUGAUUCAGGCCCGUAAAGACCCCAGCUCUAACCCAUCAAGACCAAGAACAGUAUGGAAGAAGUACAUCCUCAACCUUCUCGGUUCAGGUAGCCAAAAUGGGUGCCUAAGCUCUGGCUUCAACCGGAAAUACAGCUGCACAAAAGCUCCCUUUCAGAAGGUAAUAUGAACCAGUGAUUCCACACAGAAAAUAUUCAGUCCGUGCCCAGCACGAGGAUUUGAAGGUAACAGCUCCAAGAGAAUAGUUUAAGAAAAUCGAGAAAUAUCCUCAGAAGAACAACUUUUUAACCCUGAAAGGAAACAAGAUUGACAUGAAUUUAAAGAAUACUCAUAAAUAAAGCCCGUAUGGUGCUGGAAAAUUACCACCAUGCUAAUAUAAAAACUAACGAGAAUUCCUUGAUCGCCAUAAAUAGGUUCCCUGCUAGAUCGGCUUCUGUAAAGCAUUCCAAGAGGUCUCAAAAAGAUCAAAGUUUCAACCAAAAGUCUUCAUUUGGAUGUCUAAGCACGAGGAUGAUCAAUGGAGAUAUUAGCUCUGUCCUCCCGCAAAGCCCUGAACUGAUCGACCAUUUUAAGAAGCAAAGGAGGAAAUCAAAAGCGAGUCAUGCUAAUUCAAUAGAAAAGGAGGAUCAAAGACCUAACGUAUAUUUCUACAACUGGCCUCUCAAAUAAAGAUAUUCAAUUACCAUCUGAGAUAAGAAAGAAGCAGUUCUUUUGGGGACGAAAAUUAGUGAAAGCAACUCCUGUUAAGACUAGAGAGAAGAAGAGAAAGAAGAUCAGGCAAAACCUCUCACAAAGCCAAUGAAAGAGGAAAUAAAACCUCACGUUUGGACAAGAACAAGGCUAAUUAUAGUAUCAUCACUUAUUCAUGCGAUUGUGAUCAGGAAUUUUAUCAUGCAGAGAAGAGACCUUCUAGUCAGCUAGGAAAAUCAAAGUCUCCUAAUAGUCCAAGCCAGAGACCAAUCUCAAUGCAAAUUUCCCGUCGGGUGCUUGAGAGUCUACCAAAGAAGAUCGAAUGAAAAGAAUUUGAUUUAUCUAAAGGAAUUAUUGCAAAGAUACCUCAACCAGAAAUGGUUGACUCCGAUAUGCAAAUAUUUGAGACGAUUGAUAGUAACACAUUGUCACAGGGCAGUAUCCAGAAUAUAUAGAAUCUUCCAAUGUCUGGCCGGAUAGGUUGUAUGAGUACUAAAGAUGUGUUUAUUGCGAUAUUUCAAGAAAGUAAUACAGAGAAAUCUAUUCAUUCUUGUCGACCUUCAGCAUCUCAACACUCUUAUGCUAAUGUAAGAUGCCAAACAUAAAAAUAUAAAGAAGCUUGACCAGCCUUGCCAGUGGCAAUCCAUAGGAUAAAU